AUGGCGGCUCGUGUGGGUGCAAGUUCUCGUCACAGCACCAAAAAAUGGUUGGCGUCUUUCUUUGGGGACGCUGGGCACUCGUCAUCGUCAAAGUCGGUUGUUAAGGAGCGUUUACAAAUUAUCUUGGCGCAUCAACGGGGUAGCCAAGUGCUAACGGGUGUGGAUCUAGCGGCACUACAGCAGGAGCUACUCGAGUGCGUACAGCGCCACAUCAAAGUUGCCAGUGGGGCCAAUAUUAACAUUGCAGUGAAAAACGAAGGCCAGAUGGAUAUUUUUGAGAUGCAAGUGCCAGUUGACGGAGACCAUAUGGCUGAAAAGAGGAAACCAACGUGGUAA